AAUUUUACUAUUACAAUCGCCGCGUCAUCGUCAUGAAUGGAGAUGCAGACGGGUUGUAAAAUCAUUCGACGCUUUCUCUCCAGCAAAAACAUUAUCCACAAAUCCGUGAAGCAAUGCAUCGCCUUACAACGUUUCUUCUCCAACAAUGGCGCCCAAAAAGCCGAUUGGUGGGAGAUUUACCACAGGCAAAAGAAAAGCAUGGAGGAGAGCUUUAAGGAACCUGUACAGAUUAAUCCUGAUGCGAUAUUUGCCAACAAUGAGACACCUCUGGGUGAAAUUGACAUUUAUGGAUUUGAUUAUGACUACACCUUGGCAUAUUACAAACCAGAGCUGCACCACUUAAUUUUUAAGCUGGGACAAGAGGCACUAGUUCAGAAACACAAGUACCCGACAGAACUGAUUGACAUUGAAUACUGUCCAGACUUUGCCGUGAGAGGAUGUCAUUAUGAUGUCAGAAAGGGUUUGCUGUUAAAACUGGAUUCCUUCCAUAACAUACAGUUGGGAACUGUCUACAGAGGUACAAAGGCACUGAGUGAUGAGGCGGUGAAAACGCUGUACGAAGGAACACAUGUCUCUUUGGUGGACAUGAACACGUUCUAUGGAACAGGCCCAAUGUACCAGCUGGUUGACCUCUUUGCACCUCCAGAGAUGACACUUUUGUGCAAUAUAACUGAUUUCUUCAUGGAGAAUGGCAUUCCUUACGAUCCAGAGUAUGUGUUCCAUGAUGUGCGGUCGGCAGUGCAAGGUGUCCACAAUUCUGGUCAACUGCAUAGUCAGAUUAUGAGUGAUAUAGAAAGGUAUCUUGAUAAGGAAUCUGGUAUUAGUCUUCUACUGGAAACGCUGGCUAAACAGAGGAAACAACUCUUUCUGAUCACCAACAGUGGCUUCCCUUUUGUGGAUGCUGGAAUGAAAUUUAUGGUGGGAGAUAACUGGAGAGAUCUGUUUGAUGUUAUCAUAACCAAAGCUAGAAAACCAAAAUUUUUCAAUGAAUCAAAAAGGCCAUUUCGAAUUUAUGAUCCAGAUACUCAGAAUGAAUCAUACGACAGAGUGUUAAAACUAAGCAAAGGGAAAAUCUACCAGCAGGGAAAUUAUUACAUGCUUCAGAACAUGACCGGGUGGUGUGGAUUCAAUGUGCUGUAUUUUGGGGAUCAUGUGUACAGUGACUUGGCAGACCCAUCCCUUAAACACGGCUGGAGGACAGGAGCAAUUAUACCAGAAUUAGAGGCAGAGAUUACGAAAUCCAACAGUCUAGAAUACCAGCUAGCAGUUAAAUGGCUGUGUACAUUGCAGGAUUUGAUUGAAAAUGCUCAGAUGGAUAGAGCACAGGACACCAGUGAAAUUAGACAGUGUUGGUUAGACGAGCGGCGAGACCUCAGAAAUUACACGAAGUCUCUCUUCAAUGCCCGAUUUGGAAGCAUAUUCCGAACUUACCACAAUCCCACUUACUUCACACGGAGAUUGGCUCGCUUUGCGGAUGUGUACACGUCCAACGUUACUAAUCUUCUGAACUACCCCAUAAACCACACAUUCUAUCCACGUCGCACAGAACUUCCACAUGAACCUCACGUUCUAUCCACGUCGCACGGAACUUCCGCAUGAAUCUCACGUUGUGCCAAGAGAACUCAAGGGCAAAAGCCAGUUUUAAUCAAAACUAUUGAUUGCAGGCUGAAGGGGGGGGGGGGGGUAAAGGGAGGCUGAGAAUAGGGGAAGAGAAGGAAAGGGAAAAAGGAAGGAAGGGGCAGGAGUGGGUUGGUGUAGAAGAUAGGGAAAGAAGAGGAAGUAAAAGGCAGGAGAAGGUGGGAGAAAGUGGUGAAAGAAGAGGAGAGGGAGGGGGGAAGAAGGAGAGACGGACCCCUCUUAUCACCUAACCCUCUUGUAUCGUACUUAGUUCAUGUAAAAAUUGCUUUUGUUGUCUGUGAUCUUUUCGAUAUAUUGUUUGUUUUAGACAACAUGUAUUUUAGUAGCUAGUACUGUAUGUUAAUGCUAGUAAUAUACGGCGUGAUCAGUGUGAUAUAUGUGUGACAUUACCUGUUGUUUUAGAGAGCUAUAUUUUUGUGUGUGAAAAAUAAUUUAUAUUGCAUGUGUGAUUUCACUAGGUAUUUUUUUUUAGAGUAAGGAAGUUGGGAAGAUUCUUGUUACAUUGGCAUACUUAGGACUAAUUUGUGAGUAAGACAGAAAACUUGUACUUACAAUCCUUCACAUGGACCCAGUGCAUCAAUGAAUGAUAAAGGAAUGUUUGUAGAGCAUGUGGACCAAAUUUUUACUUAUAACUGCAAGAUGCACACUGUGUUUUUUAUGCCCCCAUAAUCGGAGAUUCAGGGGGAUAUAGUUUUUUGUCUAUCUGUCUGUUUGUCUGCAGAAAACUUUAACCUUGGCCAUACUAUUGAAUGGAUGGUGAUAGGGUAUUCCCUGUGACAAGACCUUUCUUUUUUUACCAAAAUAUUUAACCUCAUGACCUUGACAUUAGAGUUUGGUCAUAUGGGGGCAUUAGUGUUUCACAAACACAUCUUGUUUUUUAAAAAAAUCAAAAUCUGAAAUGCCUACCUCUUUUAUCUAAAAUUUGUGAACAUCAUGAGAUUCUUGUCAUGAGGUAUGAUUGCUUUAUCUACAAGUUUUUAAGUAGGUGGCCUCAUUUUUUGUUUAUGUAGUAUGUUAUUUAUAAGAAUGAUAUUACUUGGCACAUAUAUCAGUUUUAAAGUCAUUUUCAAUAUUUCAUGCAAGUGCUCAAUGCAACUAAAGAUUUUAGUCAACUAUUAAUGCUGAUACUCAUUUGUGUAUGAUAUAAAAUAAAUAUCAGAAUCUCGA